AUGUCUAACACUCCAGAACAAUUCCCUCCAAGGGCACCAUUAGAGGCCAUCAUGGUAUGGGAUCAUGUGAAUCAAGUGUUGGAGGAGGUCAAUCCGAAUCUGAAGGACAAGCUAGGAAUUUCCUUCCGACCCAUCACAAAUUGGAAGGAGACAUUCCAUCAGCAGGAUCGGGUGGAUGCCCCUCUUUACUUUGGCAUUGAAAUUGUAAAUACAGAUGGUGAUGACGAUAACACCAAAACAGACGAACUUUCGUUUCUUUCCUUUUACAUUGGGUAUUCCACAUGGGAAGGCCUCUGUGUCUUUGUGGACGAACUCGGUCAAAUUGAUGUUGUGAGUGAAUACUCCAAAAAGGACCAGCUCUUUUUGCAAGUCUUGGCCAAGAUUGCGGUCCGACUUGGUUCGAAACGUUUGACUUGGAAACGACGUCCUCCUCAUCCGAGCUGGUAUGGAACGAAUCCAGUUGGACCUCCCGACAUUCUGGACGAGUUGCACAUUUUUCACAUGGACCAAGAGGCAAUGAAGACAUAUGUGAAUUAUUAUGAUGAAGAUUCUUCUUUGGGACGACAACAACAACCUAUCAAGAGGUCCACUAUCUCACUGGAUAGAUCUUCGGUAGAAGCUCAGAGCAAGACCAUUCUGGAAUCAUCAUCUGCGUCCCAGAAUAAUUGUAACAAAAAGUUCUCGAUGCGAUUGGCAAACGCCAACCACCUCCAAGAUGCCCAUGCCAUGGAACAGAUGGUCAAGGGACUGGCUGUGUAUGUCAAGGAACCAUUGGAGGAUAUCCAAUGUGAUGCAAAUGACUAUCUCAUUGACGGGAGUGGCAGUCAUCCACUGUACUAUUCCUUUUUGUUGGAAACAAAAACAACCACAACGGAACUGAAUGACACGUCAGACCCAGCCCGCAGGCAAACCUGUGGGAUUGCCGUAGUCUAUUUUGGACAUUCUCAUCAAGGUGGCCGUUAUCUGUACUUGGAAGACUUGUAUGUGGACCAAGCCUACCAACACCAAGGCGCUGGAAGCAUGGCAUUGAAAGCAUUGACAAAACUGGCACUGCAAAUGAACUGCCAAUCCUUUCAAUGGCUGGCCUUGGAUUGGAACCAACCAGCCUUGGAUUUGUAUCAGAACAAAGUGGGAGCCAAGAUACAAGAGAAGAAAAAGGUGACGAGGUAUACCGAUAGCAAGCUGAAGGAUUUUGCCAAUGGAUUCUCGAGCACAUUGGCUGGAAUGACCAUGUGA